CUGGUUUCAUAGGGAGCAGAGGCAUUUGAGUCAGGGCACACAUGCCUCAGCAGUGACAGGCUCUGCUCCCUUUGGCUGGCUGGCAUCCCAGAGCAGACACAGAGAGAGAAAGAGAAAGACCGAGAGAGUCGCAUAUUAGGGCCAGCGGGGGAACGAAAGGUUGAAGUAGACUAGAAAGAAGCAAGUAAGUAGAGGAUACGGUUGUCUGAAAGGGGAAAGCCUUCAGAUCUGAUUUUUGGGCAGGGUGGCUUCUGCAGGUUGUUUUCCAGCAGUGUAUUCUUAUCCUAAGUGAGCGUUGUGAGCGGUGUGUUUGGUGUAGACAGACAUGGCGGAUUCAGGUGUGAAGCUGGAGGGGGGGGUCUUAGCAGAGGUUCCCUACGAUGAUGACGAAGUGGCCCUGGUGGGUGCCGCCACAGAGCCGGCCGUAGAUGACGAUGACGACUCUGACGAGGAGGUGGACCUGGUGCUGGCCGCCGGCCCCAGAGACAAGAGUGAGGCGCAGGUGAACGGCGUCAUGGUUCUCUCCCUGCUAGAUAAGAUCAUCGGUGUGGUGGACCAGAUCCAGCACACCCAGAACGGGCUGGAGGCUCGGCAAGAGUCCAUGGAGAAGUCCGUGUCGGGCAUACAGGGGGAGCUGGCGAAGCUGUCCAAGAGUCACACAAGCACCGCCAAUACGGUCAACAAAAUGCUGGAAAAGGUACGCAAGGUCAGUGUCAACGUGAAGACAGUGCGAGGCAACCUGGAGAAGCAGGCGGGCCAGAUCAAGAAGCUGGAGAGCAACGAGAACGAGCUGCUCAAGAGACGCAACUUCAAAGUUCUCAUCUACCAGGAAGCGAUGAAGACACCAAAGUCCUCUAAGCCCAAAGCAGCAGAGACGGUAACAGAAGGAAGUGCGGUGGAAGGCUUGGAGCUGAUACCUGAGGAGGGGGGCGAGGGGGUCCCCGUCGCCCUCAACUCUGACGAGGAAGUGGAGAUCGAGGAGAUCAUCGAGGAGUCUCGUGCUGAGCGCAUCAAGCGCACCAGCAAACAGCGCGUGGACAACAUAAAGAAGGCCUUCUCCAAAGAGAAAAUGGAGAAGACCAAGCUGAAGACCAAGGAGAACCUGGAGAAGACCCGGCAGAGGACCCGCGAGAACCUAGAGAAGACCCGGCAGAGGACCCGUGAAAACCUGGAGAAGACCAAGCACAGCUUGGAGAAGAAGAUGAAUAAGCUGGGCUCCCAUUUGACCCCAAACCAAGAGCGCAAGCAGAAACUGAAGGGCUCCAGCGAUAAGAUGAAGAAGUCGCUGACCCCAGACCACACCAUGUAUGCCCGCUCCAAGACGGCUGUGUACCGUGUGCCCCCCUUCACCUUCUACGUGAAGAAGAUCCGUGACGGGGAGGAGCAGGAGGAUGAAGAGGUGGUGCACAACACAGAGAUGAUAGAGGUAACUAAGACCGAAGCCCUGUCGGAGGAAGAGGGGGAAGUGCUGGAUGUGCACCUGGAGGUGGAGGAGGGGGAGCUGGUGAGCGUAGAUGGUCCGGAGAUGGGGGCAAUCCUGGAGGUGGCUGAGGACUCUCAGCUGGUCAUGGUGGAGGCUGACCACCUAAAGAAGACGCACAACGAGUAGGCCAGACCCUGGCUCUGCACUGCUGCGAUUCGUGGAAGGAUACAAGAAAGAUAGAGAGAAAUCUCAAUGAAUGAGUCUAAACACAAGGACACCAUAUUAGUUAUAGAGACUCUCUGGACAUAAUCACAAUCUAUGAAGUCUCAUUUAUUUUAUUUUUUUUCUUUUUCUUAACCAAUGAGGGAUGACUUUUACAUUGAUAUUUGCUCAGUUUUAGAGAAGAAAUUAAACAAAACAAAAAAAACAAAAACAUCUAAACGCUAGUUUUUAAAACAUGCUGCAGUCUCUUUUUCUCAUUCCUUGUUUACUCAGCUUUUUAGAGUUCCCAGUGGAGGAACACAAUCAUUCACCGCAACAGUAAUCCUAGAUUUGGAGGUCCGGGAUAUUUGUUGUCUAUCGAAUUUCGCUGUUUUUUUUUGUUUUUGUUUUUUUGUUUUUUUUUAAUGGAGUGGCCACAAUGAGAAAGGUAUAAAUAGUCUUUGCUUUGUAGAUUUGAUGUACAAUAAUUGCCAUGUAAGAUAUAUACACACAAAUAAGAAUGUUAACAGGAGGUUGCUUACAGGGUAUGGGUUGUAGUCAGUGGUGUGUGGUCAUGCAACAUGCAUGCCAGAAGGAAAGGACUGAAUGAUGGGUGUCUUAGGAGAUGAGAAGACAAAAAAGGGAUGGAUUUGAUGUAUUUUCCUUGACUGAAGAGUUUACAUAUACAUUAACCACAUAUGCACAAAGCAGUCUCAGCCGACUGAAAUGACAUCAGGAAGCCCUUUACUGCAAAUGUGGGCUCAUCUUACACAGCCAUUGUGCCAAGUGUUUCAACAUAAGUUUCAAUAUAAGUUUGUCUCAUAUUAAACAGUGAGUGGCCGGCGACUGAAAAAGUGAGAUGAUUGGUGGUGUUAUCCCGAACCUUAUCAGGGAAUGAAAGGUUUGAUCCCUCCUUUGAAAUAUUUAAGGUGGAAAAUUUCAAUGGAAAAUCUGCUAAUUUAUAAAAUACAUCAUAUUAUAAAAUUGUAAACUACAUAUGAUGUGACAGUUUUAAGGGGUUAAUGUGGCUCAUUGUUUUAAGCCAACCAACAAAUGAUUUUGUUUUGUGUUCAAGCAAAAAGGGAAGGGGGUCAUAAAACUUCCUCCCUAAGAGAUUCUAAGUUGUACAAUGUUAUUAUGUUGGAGAUAGAGUUCUCUGUAUUUAUUCUGGAUUGUUGUCUGAAAAUGGGCACUUAUUUCAGAUUGAUUCAGCACUCGUGAUCAAAUGCCAAAGAUUGAUGCAAUUAGCAAUUAGAAUGUAAUCUUUGCUACUGUGUUUCUUCAUAUUGCACGUUUAAUGACAUAAGUAAAAACACACUUUGAAUUUUA